AUGCUACCGUUCAAAACACUUGUAGUUAUCUACAUUUGGGUAACCAUCAAACCAUCAACGGUGACGGCUAAUUUAACCAAGUUCAUACUAGUCUGGACGAAUGAUAAAGAGUACGACCAUAAUAAAAAAAACAAUUCAAGACGUGAAGACGGACAAAUGAUGUUUACUGAAAGUAAUUGUCCAGUUCGGAAUUGCUACAUUACAGAUGAUAAAAAUUUAUUUGGCAAAGGUAAUGAAGAGAGAUUUGACGCUAUACUAUUCAACGGACGCAACAUUGAUAUGUUCAAAGAUGCAAAUGAUCUCCCUAAAAGAAUAUCAAAUUUCCCGAAAGCAAAAUACAUUUUUGUAUUCGCCGAACCUUUUUGUGACAACACAGUAAAAGAUUGCAAUGAGACAAUACCAGUUUGCAAUGAUAUAUUUGAUGACUUUUUUAAUUUGACAGCGACUUAUAAGGCAGGUUCUGACAUAAUGUUUUCAACUUACGAGAACAGUCUUAGACAAAAAUUGUUUAUAGCUUGCAAAGAUAACAUUGGACGCGAACACUUGCCGGACUUAAGUCAAAAGAAAAAAGCUGUCGUUUGGUUUGUAUCAAAUUGCACUGACAAGGAUAAACAAUUUGAUUACGUCACAAGUUUGGAAAAAUCCCUUUCAGUAUACGGACAAACUUUGGACAUUUAUGGUUGCGGAGACAAUUCUUCUUCGCCAAAAGAAAACAGUACCGAAAAUGAUUUGCUGAGAGAUGAAUACUUUUUCUAUUUAGAUUUUGAGCCGUUUGAUAACGUACUAAAUCAAUGUCCACUCGCACAGAACAGCGUUCCGAUUGUGUACGGUCUGGAAAAUUAUUCCAGAUUCAUGCCGCUGGGAACCUACAUCAACGCUGAAAAAUACAUGCCCGAAACUCUUGCCACUUUAAUAGCAUACCAUGUCAACAACCCCGACAAAUAUAGCGAUUUCUAUACCAACAGAGAUUACGAAGCCCUGUACAUCCCACCUAACGCGCGAGCGUACCAUUGUCAGCUGUGUGCAGCCAUUAAUAACGAGGACAUAAUGGCGACUGAAAAGAUCUAUCAAUUAUUUAGGUUGUGGUGGAAUCCUGAUUAUCAAAAAUUGUGUCAGGAUAAAUACAAAAUAAUUACAGACAAAUAA